AUGCAUCACAUCCAGGAUUAUAGCGAGACAAGUUCACUGGAAAAACAUUGGGGCUUUGAGUCUCGUGUAUUGCCAUGUACCGCUGAUACGGGUACCUGUCAAUAUCUCGACGCUAUUUACCAUAUGCAUGACUUAUCUAUGCUCUUCACUUUCAUUUUUUGGGCAGUUAUCCUGGGAAUCCUGUCAGUUUGGGUGGGCCUACGCGUAGUGCGUCGGUUUAGUAAGGAAACAGAUUCAGUUAUCUUUGAAGUAGAUGGACAACAGAGAGUAUCCCCAAGCAGCCUACACCGUAGACUGGUCUAUACUACAACUGCCUACCUACGCCAUUAUCUUCUUCCCGAAAGUAUGAAUUUUAUCUUCGGUCAUGUUUCUCGCCUUCAGCUAUUAAUUUUCGCGAUACUCUCUGGCUAUCUUAUAUUUUUUUCACUAAUUGGAAUUACAUACAAGAACUGGGUAACACCACACAAAACUGAACCAGGAUUAUUCAACACUCGUACAGGCGCUGGUGGAUUCGCAGAUCGAGUUGGUGCAUUAGCAUAUGCACUUACACCUCUCACAAUCGCUCUUUCUACACGCGAAAGUAUCCUCACGCUCAUCACAGGUAUAUCAUACCAACAUUUUAAUUUCUUACAUCGCUGGACAGGCCGUAUAAUGUAUGUGCAGUCUUUUAUGCACAUUUUUAUAUGGACUGUCGUUCAGGCUUAUCUAUAUCAGCCACAGCCUCGCCUAUACCAUGCCUUUAUCAUUCAACCCUACAUCCUCUGGGGUAUUGUCGCCAUGACACUUCUCACAUUCCUUACUGUAUUUAGUAUGAAGUCGGUGAUCAAGUGGACAGGCUAUGAAUUUUUUCUUAUCUCGCACUUAGUUGUUGCCGGAGUUUACAUAGGUGCAUGUUGGUCUCACUGGGACAAACUUAAAUGUUGGAUGAUCGCUUCACUGGUAAUUUUGCUGUUGGACUUGGUGCUUCGAUGGAUCCAUUUUGCCUUGAUUCAUUUUAGAAUUAUAGGCGAAAAUAAGGGCUUCGUUGCUGCUCAGGCACGCCUGCAGUAUUUUGACGAUUCCGCUGGAGGAAUCGUACGACUUGACUUUGAACACGCCCAUAAAGCCUGGAGUCCUGGGCAGCAUUAUUUUCUCACUUUUCCUAAUUUAUCCAUCUGGCAGGCCCACCCAUUUACUGUUCUAUCUUCUCCUCGUCCAGAAUCCCCUGUUCAAAAGCACUCCUACAUUAUUCGCUGCCGUUUGGGUGAAACGGCCAAGCUUGGUGUUCUUGCGAGCCAACUUACAAAUACGGGCCAAACAACACCAGUUCUUCUCACUGGUCCUUACGGUACCGAUAUUAUACCUCAGAAAGUUUCCAACAUCCUUGCUAUCACCGGAGGCACAGGAAUCUCUUUCACCCUCCCUGUACUGUUAGAAGCUACAUUGCGUCCCAAUUGCGGGCUCAUCCAGCUCGUAUGGAUAGUCCGAUAUUUCAAAAAUCUCGAGUGGGUCGCAUCAGAAAUUGAGGCAUUGAAGGGCAUUCCGAAUUUUCACCUUCGAAUUAUCAUUACAAGUGGGAAGGAACCAGAUGCUAAAGAUCUAGAUGUUGAGCUCAAGGACGAGAAAAAUGUAUCAGAAAUUACUGUUAGUGAGAAGAAGCAUGGUCUGUGGUCCCUCCCAGAAGAAGUUGAUCUUGUUUAUCUGAACCGGCGACCAAAUUUGAAAAAAGAGAUUCAAGAUUACAUGGAGAAGACAGAUGGUAAAAGUUUGUUUGUUGUUGGGAGUGGUCCUCCCGGGAUGGGUGCUGAUGCCCGAAAAGCGGUGGCAAGCUUUAACUCUGCCAAAAAGGUUUGGACAGGAGAUAAAGCUGGCGACAUGGGAUUUUAUUGGGAUUACUGA